GUGUGUGUGUGUGUGUUAAUGUGUGUUAAUGUGUGUUAAUGUGUGUUAAUGUGUGUUAAUGUGUGUGUGUGUCAGGUGUCAUGGACGACGUGGAUGUGUCUCCUCUGCGGCGUUUUGUCGUUGCGAAGCUUUCAAUCAGCUCCAUCUUUGAUCAGCUGCUGGACUUUGUGAAGGAUGGCUCCGCCUUUGUUGAUGAGGCGUGGCGGAGCGACGAGCUGGGUCAGGUGGCCGUGGAGGAGCAGAGUUUAGAGAUGCAGAGCUGCGCCACCAAACUGGCGACCAUCAGAGAGAUUCUGCUGCGGAGACACAUGAAGGUCGCCUUCUUUGGCAGGACGAGUAACGGGAAGAGCACCGUGAUCAACGCCAUGCUGCGGGACAGAGUGCUGCCCAGCGGCAUCGGUCACACCACCAACUGCUUCCUGAGGGUGGAAGGAACCGACGGCGACGAGGCGUACCUCACCACCGAGGCGUCCAAUGAGAGGAGGAACGUCACGACGGUGAACCAGCUGGCUCAUGCUCUCCACAUGGAUCCCACGCUGGACUCAGGCAGUCUGGUCAAAGUGUUGUGGCCUAAAAGUCGCUGCGCUCUGCUGAGAGACGACCUGGUUCUCAUGGACAGCCCCGGCACUGACGUCACACUAGAAUUGGACGGCUGGAUCGAUAAGUUCUGUCUGGACGCCGACGUCUUCGUCCUGGUGGGAAACGCAGAGUCCACGCUGAUGAACACGGAGAAACUUUUCUUCCACAAAGUCAGUGAGAGAAUCUCCAAACCAAACAUCUUCAUCCUCCACAACAGAUGGGACGCUUCAGUGACCGAACCCGAGUACAUCGAGGAGGUGAGGAAGCAGCACCUGGACCGCUGCGUCCACUUCCUGGCUGAGGAGCUGAGGGUGGUCAGUCUGGACGAGGCGGCGGGGAGGAUCUUCUUCGUCUCGGCUAAAGAGGUGCUGAUCUCCAGGAUGCAGCGAGCGCAGGGCAUGCCUGAGACAGGUGAGACAGGUGGCGCUCUGGCUGAAGGUUUCCACGAGAGACUGAGAGAGUUCCAGAGGUUUGAGAGGACCUUCGAGGAGUUCAUCUCUCAGUCUGCAGUGAAGACUAAGUUCGAGCAGCACACAGUGAGAGCGUGGCAGAUCAGCGAGGCCAUCAAAGCUGUGAUGGACGCCAUCAACAUCGCGUCUGCUGACAGGAAGAUCUGCUGCCUGGAGGAGCGGGAGGAGCAGAGGGACCGACUGGACUUUGUUCGGGGACAGAUUAACCGUCUGACUGACAGCGUCAAAGAGAAGAUCAAGACUCUGACUGAAGGUGUUUCUGCCAAGGUUGCCACGGCGAUGUCAGAUCAGAUCCACUCGCUUCCUGUUCUGGUGGAGGAGUUCAGAGCCGACUUCAACCCCACACAAGAAACUCUGGAGCUCUACAAGGCCAAGCUGCUGCAGCACGUGGAGGAGAGGAUCAUCGGCUGUCUGGCUCAUCGCUGCUCCAUCAGUGUCCUCAGAGACAUCAGAGACGCUCAGAGACACAUGAUCGACAGCGUCCGUCCUCUGCUGUCUCUGUCCGUUCAGGAGCAGCUCUCUGCUCCCUCCUCCUCCUUCGAGAUGACCUAUGACCUCAGCCUUGCCACCCUCUGUGCAGACUUUCGGGAAAACAUUGAGUUCCAGUUCUCUCUGGGCUGGACUGCGCUCGUCACGCGCUUCAUCGGAGCCGCCAACGCCAAACGGGCACUGAGCAGUGCUGACCCCAGACUGCAGGAAGGCUCCAGCUUCAAGGAUGAGAUGGUGGUUUCCAUAGCAACAGGUCUGGUCUCUGUCACCUCCCGAGCAUCCAUGACGGUCCUGAUAAUCGGUGGAGUGGUGUCUCUCAGGUGUGUGUUGUCGCUGCAGGUGUGGCGUUCGGUGGGCUGGCGGCUCAUCGCUCUCUCUCUGUCGCUGUACGGCCUCCUUUACCUGUAUGAGAAACUCACCUGGACCAAUGCCAGCAGAGAACGCGUUCUGAAGCAGCAGUUCAUGGAGCAUGCCGCCCACCGCCUGAGAACUGUCAUCCCCAUCACUAGCUCUGCCUGCAGCCAGCAGGUGUACAAGGAGCUGGGGGCAACCUUCAGUCGUCUGACUCAGCGGGUGGAUCUGAGUGAAGCAGAGUUGGAGGGAAACAUCCGUCAGCUGAGCUUCAGGAUCCAGCGGCUGGAGAAUAUCCAGAGGAGGUCAAAGGCCUUCAGGAACAGAGCGACGGAGCUGGAGACUCAGCUGGAGGCCUUUUCUGUUCAGUACCUGCAGGGAAACUGACACAUGAAGAAGAAGUGAAGCGUCUGAUGGUGUUUGCUGAUUUCUGCUUUGGCCACAAAACAACAGAAAGAGACAGAAAACCUCCAGACAUGAAGACACAACAGCAGAAGUGUUGAGACAGAAACCAGAGGAGGAAAAAUGUGUUUCACCUUGAAGACAAACUGAAGUGAAGCUGCUGAUUCUGUUCGACUGGUCAGCUGAAAACGACCUGUGGAAACAGGAACGACGACGCCAACAGCAGCUGUUCAUAUUUAUUCAUUAAUGUGUAGAAUCUGAUUCACAAAUUAACCAUAAAAACACUAUUUGUUUAUUUUUCCUCAUAAACCAAAAGGCUUCUUUUCUUCUUCUUCUCUGUUUCGGAGCGUCUCAGCUGUUCAAACUAAAUAUUUAUUGAAACAUAUUCUGCUGCUUCUGUUCUUCCACUAAUUAACCGUCUGUUUGUCUUAUUCUGUGAUGCUGAUUAAUGACAAAAACAAUAUUUCACUUGUGAUUAACUCAUUCUCAACAUUUUCGAUCCACACAUAAAAAAAUCUGACUGGAAAUUCUUUAAAAAAAUCUCUAAAUCUGUAAAAAGUGUUUCCUGUCUGAGGUG